CCACCACUGAAAUCUUCGAUCUGCUACUCACCCAAGUACCACACACCACGCACGAUGCCGCCCUCCGCCGCCGCAUCCAAGAAGAUUAAGGCCAAGAAGGCCGCUGCUGCGCCGGUCGACGCCGCGCCCCCUGGUGCGCUCCCCGCCGGCUUCAAGCCGCAGCAGGCGCGCAAGGCUGUCGACGCGCUGCUCGCGUACCACGAGAAGACUGCGGCGGAGCGCGAGCGGACAGAGCUCAUCGCGCGCGACGAGUAUAUUUGGCUCUCGAUCAACACCAAGACGGGGAGCACGCGGAAGAAGCUCAUGCCGGUGAAGAUCCAGCUCCCCACCCCCGCCCUCCCCCCACCGCCCGCGACUUCCGUCUGCCUGUUCACCAAGGACCCGCAGCGCGAGUACAAGGACCUGUUGGAGAAGCAGGGCGUCAAGUUCGUGGACCGGGUCGUUGGUGUCGAGAAGCUGCGCGGCAAGUUCAAGCCCUUUGAAGCCCGCCGGCAACUGCGCAACGACCACGACCUGUUCCUUGUCGACGACCGCGUGCUCCCCUUGAUGCCCAAGCUGCUCGGCAAGAUGUUCUUCGAGGCCAAGAAGACGCCUAUCCCCGUCAACGUCCUCCGCAAGGACCUCAAGGCCGAGCUCGGCCGCGCCAUCGCCUGCACCUACUUCCACCCGUCGACCGGGACGUCUCACUCCGUGCGGAUAGCGACUCCUGGCGUGACGACGCCUGCGGAGACCGUGGCAAACCUUCUCGCGGCUGCGCCCGCCGCUGCCGAGCUCGUGGGCGGGUGGGACAACGUGCUUUCAGUCGGCAUCAAGACGAGCACGUCGGUGCUGCUGCCCGUGUGGAGCGCGCCGUUGACCGGGCGAUUCAAGGACGCCGCUGCCGACGCUGCCGAGGAGAUGGAGGUUGAGGAGCCUCAGCCCAAGGCCACCAAGGCCAAGGCCGUCAAGGCUACCGACGCGAAGGAGAAGAAGGCCGCGCCCGAGCUCAAGAAGAGCUCGACCGUCGGCUCGGGGGCUAAGAAGGCCAAGGCGGCUGUCGUCGGCACGCCCAAGCCCAAGACUAAGGCCAAGGCUAAGUAGAUACCCAUCCGUAUAGAGGCUCGUUUGGACCACAUGUAUGCAUGUUUACUGAGG